ACAUUCGUAUAUCUCCAAGCAAUUGUCAAUUAUCGAAAAGCCAUAAGAAUCAAUGAUCCGUUUUUGAAAAGAGCUGCAAAAAGAGCAUUUUCUCCUAUUUGGUCCGCGAGGCAUCAUCCUAUUUAUCAACUAAUAGAAGUUGCUGAUGAAAUUCAAUUGAUGCAACUUAGUUCUGAAAUACGUAAUAUCGUGAAGAGAAAUUGUAUCAUUUCUUGGUCUAGGCUUUAUGAACAAUAUCAAGGAUUAGAUACAAUUAUAGAGAAAAUAAAUAAAGUUUUAAAAGCUUUAAUACCUCCUAUUUCACAAGAUCAUCAUUGGAAGAUUGCAAUGCGCAAAGAAUAUGAAUUGGAUGACAAUUUGAAAAAUUUUAUAUAUUUUGCAAAAAUGGCUCAACAAAAAUUUAUUACUGAAACAUUUAUUAAUAAAACUAAUUUAUUUCAAUUUAGGCCAAUACUGAUUACAAAAAAAGAAGCUGAUGCUCAGAAAAAUGAAGAAAAUAUGAAGAAAGAUGAUAUUUUGAUUAAGAUAGAAACUCUUCUUGAACAGCUUGGUGAAAGUGCUCAAAAGAAGUACUCUAAAUUAAGGUCAAAAAGUCCUUUUAUUUGA